UGGAAUCAUAGCUCAUUGACUUGCCAAAACUUUCUUCUUUCUCUCCCUCUCUGCUCUACGCUGCACUGCUGCCAGAAGAACCAUUGGCGGCGCGCCAGGCACCACCGUCCUGCUCCAGGUCCUCCUUUCCGUCUUCCCUCGCUGCCAUUUUCUGUUGUGUUCUCUCAGCCUUCUGCCAAAGCCGCUGCUCGCCACUGCAAGCCGUCGCUGCUCGCCGCCGUUCCUCACCGCAGCUGCAAGCCACGGUCCCCUUUCUCUCUGGUAAUCCUCCAUUUUCCGGAAAGCAUGGCUGAUUUUUGGCUCAUCUUCAUAAGCCGCCAUCCGCAAUAAAAAACUAUGGUGCCUCGUAGCUUUAAUUCCUUGAUGUAAACAUUGUUGUAGAUCCAGUGAGCUAGAUGGAAUCCACAAGUUCCAGAACCAAUGAUCCAAACACUAAACCAUUUUCUAAGAGGCUUCUGUUUGAUCGCCGCUAUGGAUGGGUAAUUGAUGAAUGGAAAGACCCAUCGGAGGAAGCACUUGACGGUGGCCGAGGAAUGUUUUGUGUAUUCCCACUCGUCAAAGCUUUGGUGCAGAAAGUCUCCCAAUCGAUCAAUCUUGCUGCAACGUCAGCCAUGAAAGUUUCUGAACAGCAACAGCUGUUUUCCCAUCAGAUGCUGCAGCAUGCGCUAGAUGAUGGUGUUCAUGAUUUAAUGUCAUCCUUAAAGAAUGCAGGUUACAAAGGUUUCAUCCUCAACAAUAAUUCACAGCCACGAGUUUCUAGUAACUCUACUCAGCAGGAUACAGCAAGCAAUGAAUGAUGGAGGCACAAAGCUCGCGUUAUUCCUAAACUGCUUUAUGAUAUGCAGGACCUUAGUUGAAUUAUUCGUUUUAAAUUUAUAAUCCAUGAAUGAAAUCUAUAUAUUCAUGUACAUGGUUGUCCUACUUAUCAUUCCAAUACUUUUGUAACUUUGAAAUCAUGGUUGGGCAUUCACGUGAGCUAGUAAACCAAGUCCAUUCUCUGUUGGCGUUAUACACUUCAAUAGUAAGGCCCUUAGUAUAGGCAUGCAGUAGGGAAGAAAGUUCUUUAAACAGUGUAAAAUACAAGCAAAUUGUUCUUCCUACUGAGAAAUGCAUUCAGUAGAAAGCCAACUUAAAAAAAAUGUAGACAUGUGAGUCAGUUAUUUGUCCUAUUAACCAACAGGUAUCAGAUAAGUGAAUGAAUGAAUGAAUGGGAAGUAUGUGUAACUAACAGGGUAAAUUUAACCAACUUUAGGGUAA